AGACCAUCCACCAGAGGAAUCACCUCAGCCAACACCAGCAGCAGCAGCGAUGCCACACUCCGUUAUCCCCCUGUGCGUCCUGGGACUCGUCCUCGCGCUGUCCUCCGCGUGCUACAUCCAGAACUGCCCCCGAGGUGGGAAACGAGCCCUGCCGGAGACUGGUAUCAGACAGGUGAGGACCUUUUUCCUUUGUGCUCUGUUUUCUGGAUGUUACCUCUGAAGCUGUUUCUGACAGCAUUAAAAACUUUUCACUGAAUCAUGGAAGAGCUCAAAAAUAUCUUACAAUGCCUUGAAAAAAUGUAGGAUUUAAAAAAAAUAGAUAUCUUGUUGGUUAGGAAAAUAUACAAUUAAACUAAGAGGAGUUUGAGAUACUCUUUGACCCUUUGAAAAUGAUUUCUUUUGAUUUUUAUGACAUAGUAAGUGUGAUUGGUUCAGUGGUUUGGGUACAGUUGUGUUUCCAACUUAUCAAUUUUGCCCCUUUUAAGUGUCCAAAUAAUUGUAUUAUUCUGAAGUUCUUGUAUUUAUAUGAGCUAAAGACAAAUAGACAACACAGAAAAUACAGAAAGCACAAAAAUGUGCUGCUAAAAUCUUAAAAGCGCUUGUCAGUCGGAUAUGAAGAUUGUAUUUGAAUGUGUAAAAGAUGGAGUAUCAUAUUAAACAAUUCUGCAGUUUUCAGUAGACCAGUGUUUUUUAAACCUUGGGGCUCGGACUCCUUGAGGGUGGUUUUGAGAAUUUAAAAAAGGCACAGAAAUGAGAUUGAUUAGAGAUUGAAAUGAGAAAGAUAUUGAUUAUUUGUUGUGGUGCUGUUUCAGACUGGCUGUGUGUUAAGUAGUAGCUGCAGGUGAUGGCUUUGGUUUAUGCCAACCUAUUCACCACAGGUUGUUUCAGGGCUAUACUUAGGUAUAGGUAGGGCUGGGCAAAAAAAUGAUAACGAUAUAUAUUGAAAAUUGAUAUCCCUCAAUAUCAAUGUAAAACACGAUCAGUAUGCUUUUUAAUAGUCGGCAUUCAGCCAUGUUUUGGUAGACUAUACGAAUAGCCAAUGAAAAAGCCUUAAUGCCUUAUGACAAAACGUCAAAGAGACACAAAGACCUCACAGAUGCAGUAUCUUAUUGUAUUGCAAAAGACAUGCUACUAAUAAGCACUGUUAAAUUUCAUUUUUUUAUUUCGAUAUCAACUGAUAUGAGAAAAAAUAUAUUGUGAUAAACUUUUUCCCAUAUUGCCGAGCCCUAUGUAUAGGGUUGCAAACACCUAUGAUAUUACUCAUGAGGGUUAUAACUCACAGAGCAUGAAUAAAUGAAUUUAAGUAAGAGUUUUUCUGAUUUAUCGAGUUGAUUUAUAGCACCUGGUUAAAACUUAUAUUUACUAAUUCUCCUGCAGUGCAUGUCAUGUGGCCCCAGAGACAAGGGCCGCUGCUUCGGACCCAGUAUCUGCUGUGGGGAGGGCCUAGGCUGUUUACUUGGCUCUCCAGAAACUGCUCACUGUGUGGAGGAGAACUACCUGCUUACACCCUGCCAGACGGGAGGGAGACCUUGUGGAUCUGAUGGAGGACGCUGCGCUGCCUCAGGGCUCUGCUGUAACUCAGGUGCAUUGUUGUUUGGUUGACUGUCAUGCUUAGGCAAGUUUAUCAUUUUAAAUGUUUGGUGAAUUGGCAGUCAGAAAUUAUUUUUCUUUCCCUCCCUUUAGAGAGCUGUGCGGUGGAUUCCGACUGCCUUGGGGAGAUUGAGGCCUUAGAUCAAGCCGACAGCUCUGCAGGGAGCUCGCCUGCAGAGCUGCUGCUGAGGCUGCUGCAUGUGGCCACAAGAGGACAGACCGAGUACUGACGCUGACAAGAAUGAAGUUCAUCCCUGGAGAUUUAAACCUUGAAUCAAUAAAGAUACAAGAUAAAGUUUAUUCACUCUUAUUCCCUACUGCUGUGAUUUUUGACAUUAAAAUAACUAUUUGCUGUAUAUUAUUCAGUGAAUGACAAUUUUCAACCAGGUGGAAAGGGGGGAAAUAAAUCAUGUCCACUUUAGAAAUGUAUAUAAUUAUGCACAUACUGUAAACUAUAGUUUAUUCUUUAACAUUGCUGAGAAAAAAUGUCAUGUCAGUUAUAGCGGGACACACUGUAAAUAAGUCAGCGAGUGGAGAUUAAAGUUGCUACAGACAUCCAUGUAAAACAGACAAAUUACCAUGCUUGAGCAGUUAUUUCUUGUGUAAUAGAGACAUUAUUGUUUUGUUUUUUUAAUGAGUGGAAAAUACAGAAUGUAUCACUACCAAAAAAGUCUG